AUGCCUUCCAAACUCAAUGGACUCCUAGACCACUGUCAGAUGGAAGAGGUCAGCCUACACCCCGCAACAUGGAAGCCUACUCGAUGUGGGAGAUGGAACCUCGACAUUUUACGCCCCGAAUUCCUCUCACUACGACCCAGCAGCCCAAGGACCAGCUCUCUUCGCCCUACGGCUUGGCUUGACGGUUUGCGUGGCUUUUCCGCCUUUCUGGUCUAUCUUCACCACAAUCAACUGUGGGCCCACGGCAUGAAGGGAAACAUCGUAUUCGAAAACUCGUUUGGCUAUCAAGACAAACAUUACUUUGCUGCUCUGCCUUUUGUACGAACUGCAUUCUCUGGUGGCCAUUUCGCCGUGACGAUAUUUUUCGUCAUUUCUGGAUAUGUCCUUUCCGUCAAAUCAAUGGGCCUUGUUCACAAGGGACAGACAGAAAGCAUUAUGGAUGUCAUCGGGUCUGCUCUCUUUCGUCGUUGGCUGCGACUAUAUAUUCCCAUCAUGGCUGUCACUUUCCUCUGGCUUUGUAUGCGACAUGCAACUGGCGUUUGGAUGAACAUCCACGACAUGAGUGGCUCAUUUCGCGAAGAUGCCAGGCACUGGUACGAAACAUUUAAGAGCUAUAGCUUCAUAUUUUCAGCCAGCCAGCUGGAAUUCUCGCAGUCUUACCAUCCGCAUACAUGGACAAUUCCACUGGAGUUCCAAGGCUCGAUUGUAGUUUAUACUGCCCUACCCGCGUUUGCUCGAUGUACCAGAAAUGCGCGACUCUGGUGUGAAGUAGCCUUGAUCUUUUACUUCCUAUACAUCGUUGAUGGCUAUCAUUGUGCGCUUUUUAUGGCUGGUAUGCUACUUUGCGAUUUGGAUCUCUUGGCACAGGCGGAGAAGCUGCCAAAGUUUCUAUCGGUACUGGCGGGCUUCAAGGAAUUCUUAUUUUUCCACUUGUUCAUCGUGGCGAUGUAUCUUGGUGGUGUGCCAUCAUUUGACACUACGGAAUUCGAUCGGUAUACACUCCUAACCGAAUCGCCAGGCUGGAGAUGGCUAUCUCACCUCAAACCACAAGCAGUGUUCGACGCAAAGUGGUUCUACCUGUUUUGGGCGGCUCUCUUCACAGUCGCGUCAGUACCACGACUACCUUGGUUGAAGCGCUCUUUCGAAAGUCGGACCUGUCAAUACCUUGCACGUAUUUCAUUUGCUCUGUACCUUAUUCAUGGGCCAGUCAUAUGGGUGAUUGCUGAUCGCAUAUACGCGGCUGUGGGAUUAAGCAGAGCAGAGCAUGAAGCUGGUAUUCCAGGAUGGGUAAACAAGUUCCCGCUGUCAAAGAAAGGUCCAAUGGGUCUCGAGCCAGCUUUCUGGUUAUCUCAGAUCGUCAUUUUCCCGGUCACGCUCUACGCAGCUGAGGUCGUAACGAAGCUGAUUGAUGAGCCGAGUGUGAAAGUAUCGACUUGGCUCUACAAGAAAAUGUUGGCAGAACCACAAUCAUCGCGGCGAUAG